UCAUUAACACAAGGUGAAACUAAAAAUUUUGAUUUAACUUCAUCAUCUCAAGACGCAACAACAAUUACUAUUGAUGAUCCAGCUUAUUUAAAAAAUCAAUCAAAAAGUGCUGAAUGGCUUCAACGUUAUGGUUUAAAAGCACAAAAAUUAACAUUUGAUCAAAUUCUUCAACAAAUUGGAUAUAAACGACUUGAAAGUUAUGUUCCAUCGAUUGGUAAAACUGUCGGUGCAAAGUAUACUGGUAAUCAAUACCAUGAAAUACAACAUGACAAUGGUGAUCAUUAUAUUUUAACAUGUCGACCAGAAAAAUUACGUGAAUUUAAAACUCAUGUACAGCGACUUUUACUUUUAUUACGAAAACGUUUAGCAUUUAUAACGAAUGGUUCACGUCGUGUAUUCGGAAUACUUGGAGAACCAAGUAUAUGUUUUGUAUGUGAUUGUAAAACAACAGAUCAUCGUAAAUUUAAUCAAUUUCAAUCGACUCUAGCAAGCUUACUUAGAGAGCAAGUCUCCAAAAUAAAACGAUUUAAUAUUAUUUGGGUUUCAAAUGAUAAAGAACAAUUUCAAGAACAACCGAUUGAUGUUACGCAAACAACUAUUGAUCAAGCUAUUGAUUGGAUUAGUGAACGAAAAUGCCCUCGAAAUAAAAUCUCAAUAAGUGCAACAUGUGAAGCUAUGCUUAAAGCUUUUACAAGCUCUGCUCAUAGUAUCUAUUUAAUCAGCGAAGGUGAUUCAUCUGAUUCUGCUCGUGAAAUCUUACGUGAUAAUAUUGUUAAAACACGUCUUUCAUCAAAUGUACCUAUACCUGUUCAUGUUGUAUCAUUAUUUUGUAAUAAUAGCGAUACAGAAGCAUUUCUACGAUCUCUCGCUCAAAGUGCUGAUGGAAGUUUUACGUCAUAUAAAAUUCAUGGUGAAAAAACUGAUUUAAAACCUUCGUCAAACUUAACUGAUCCAACAGGGAUUAGAUUUCAAGAUAAUACAAUAAAAUUUGGUACAAAUGCAGCAAUGAGUAAACCUGAACAAUCAACUGAUUUAACAUUAAUGUAUAAAGAAAUAAAUCAAUGUCAUAAUAUAAUUGAACGUCUAGAUAAAAUUCUUGCAUUUGUACAAAAUGAAAAUACCGCAUCAAAAACUGAUACAACAAAAUCAUUAGAUAUAUAUAACGCGUCGAAUAAUAAAAAUAAUAGUAAUAUUAACAAUAACAAUCCACAACGUAGUAUUGUUAUUCCAUCAGCAACAUUAUUUAAUCAAGAUGAAACUGAAAUGUCAUCGGGUGAUUGGUUAAAAAUUUAUGGAAUAGAUGCACAAAAAUUAGAUGUUAUUUCAGUUCUUCAAACAGUUGCAUUUCGACACUGUGAUGGAGUUGUUACUGUAUUGAAACAACCAGAAGAUAGCAAUGGAAAAUUUGAUAAAACUCCAGCUAAUCCAAAACAAACAUUAGUUAAUGCAAAAUAUUGUGAUCAAUUUGCUCAUAUGGCUUGGUCGGAUGGAACAAUUCGACAUGUUUUUGUUACGACAGAUAUGCAUCGAGAUUAUGAAAGACGAAUACGAGCAUUACUUGAAAAAAUUAAAGCACGAUUAUCAUGGUUAAAAAAAGGAAGUCGAGAUCUUUUUGGUACAAUAGUAGAAAAGAAUAUAUAUAUUCUAAUUGAUUCAUCAAUAAGCAUGCGAAAUCAUUUAGAUUUCGUCAAAGAAAAACUUCGUUUAUUAAUUCAAGAUCAAUUGUUUUCUAAAGAACGUAUUAAUGUGGUAGCAUUUAAUACUAUAACUAAUCCUUGGUGUGAACGUUUAGUAAAAGUAACUGAUUCUAAAGUCACUUCUCAACUUCCACAAUGGAUUGAUGAACUUUACGCUGAAGGAUCAACAAAUACAUUAGCUGCACUUCGUUUUGCACUUGCAGAUCCAGUUACAGAAGCUAUUUAUUUAUUAACUGAUGGACGACCUGAUCAAAGUGAACGACAUAUUCUUUCACAAGUUCAAUAUCGUCAGAAAGUACCAAUACAUACGAUAGCAUUUAAUUGUCAAGAUCAUGUAGCAAAUCAAUUCUUAAUUGAUUUAUCUAAACAAACAGGUGGUCGUUUUCAUGCAUUUAACUAUGGAUUAGACAAUGAAGGGACACCUGAAAUACCUGAAAGCGAAGAUGUUACUCAUCUUAAACAAGAAUUAGCACGUGGUGAAAAAGAUCUUCAACGUAUAUCUGGUUUACGUGAUGAAUGUAGUGGUCGUGCAUGGUCACUUAAUAGUAUAGAAGCAAAAUAUAAAAAUGCACGAAUAAAUGAACUUGCAGCAUCAUUACCAAACAGAAGUCAUAGUGCACUUGAUACAACAUCUCGACCAAAUUAUAAUAGUAAGUCAACAUAUAAAAAAGAUAGUCGAAUAUAGUUCAAUUCUAUUUCUACACAGUAAUUCGUUGCUACGUUUCUGUUUGAUUCUCAAGGUAGAUUAUCUAACUUUC